CAAUAUUACCCUCCGAGGUUUGCAACUCCUAAUGAGGCAGCGGCUUUUGAAGCUGAAUGUACGAAGACUGUAGCACAGCUCCUUGCCUUGUGUUUUCCACCUGCUGCCGAUUCUACGCGUUACCAUUGCUCUGGUCGGAUCGUCUCGGUUGAUUCUUCUAUGCAGUGGUAUUACUUGGGUUGUGCGCUUUGUUCCAAAGCAGCCAUAGAUUAUGAUGGUGUUGACAAAUGGUGUGAUGACCACCGUCGAUUGGUGCCUCAACAAACACAGAACUUUUACAAGCUCCGGGUAACAGUUGAUGACAACACUGGAUCAGCAGCUUUUGUUCUGCUGGGUAGGGCCGCUGACCUUCUUGUGGGCUUGACUGCUAACGAUCUCUCUACCAGGUUUCCUUACCAGCGCAAUGUUUUGCCACAAGAACUCCUGGCUCUUGAAGGGCGAGACUUUACUUUUGACGUCCAGCUUCCAAAACCGGAAUAUGGGUCUCGUGGCCCCCCAGAGUUCACGGUCCUUGCUGUCACUGAACAAGAACAACCAAAUUCCUGCUCACCAGCUCUUGGUCGCCGGGCAAGAAAUGCUAUGUCCCAUACACCACCUCCUAACAGUCCUCACAAGAUGCCUCUUGCUUCUCCAUAUGUUGUUCCAACAAUGCCGAACGCUUCGGUAGACCAUGGUCCUUCUGUUGCUUCACCGAGUGGGAGUUCUCAGCUUGCAUUUUCUACUCCUCCACGUCGCCCCUAUAGCAGCUCUGUAUCAGGGAACUUGCUGCGGACACUACAGAUGCUAAUGUGCAGAACAAGAACAUCAGUUCAAAGAAAGCGAAGCCGAAGAAACCAUCUGCUAAGAAGAAGAAAACUGGUGCUGCAGGUGCUGCGCGUCGUCCUACAGUUACUCUUGAAGAAACCGAUGUUCCGAUAGCGUCCCUUCAGAUCCCUGUUGGACAUCCUUUGCCAACCGAAUCGGCGAAUCCUGUCUCUGGAAAUCUUAAUGCCCUCGGUGUCAAUUUGCA